AUGAGCCCUAUAGGUUCACACAUCAGUUUAAACCCCAUAUUUCUUUUCCUCCAUGCAGGUCUAACAUCUGUGAUACAAACACAGCAGACUGUGAUGGCAGCAGUAGGAGAAGAUGUCCAUCUCAGCUGUCAGCUCAUGCAGUCUAGAGAUGUUCUUCAGGUCACAUGGCAGAAACUUUCACCUGAUGGGGAGAACAAGAAUCUUGGCAGCUACAACAAACACUUUGGACAAACAGUGAAUGAUGGUUUUCAGGAGAAAGUGGAGUUUAAAGAUGCUGGACUGCAGAACUGCUCCAUAGUUAUCAGGAAGGUGAUGGAGCGGGAUGAAGGCUGCUAUCUCUGUUUGUUUAACACGUAUCCUGAAGGUUCUCUGACAGGCAGAACCUGCCUCCAACUCUAUGAGCUGCAUGAACCCAUUCUACAAAUCAGAGAAUCAAACUCUACUGAAGAGACAGUUGUGUCCUGCUCGGCCACAGGUCGUCCUGCUCCCACAGUAACUCUGAAUGUCCCACAACAAGACCUCUACUUCUCUCACAACAGCACAGUCAGUGUCACCAACACCAACGAUACAGUCACCGUCACCACUACAGCUGUGCUGUCUGGUUUCCAUGGAAACAGUGCACAAGUUAGAUGUGCAGCACGACUGCUCUCAGUCCCUGAAAUUCAGGUGUUUAAGACGAUUCCUGCUGAUGAUUUUAAUGAUGAAUCUGGAUCCAAUAAGAAUUUCACUUUGAUCGUUACAUUGAUCGCAGCAGUGGUCGUUGUUUGUGUUGCUGUAGUCGUCACUGUCCUGCUCAGACAUAAACAUAAAAACAGGGCUGCUGAAAGAGAUCAGGAUAUCGUAUGAGUUCAAAACACUUUUAUUGAACCAGGAGAACAAACAGAUCAGACAACGGACAUCUCAGGAGGAAAAUCCAAAAGGGGAGAAACCAGAACCACCACCUGAAUGCACAGUUAGAAGUCUGUUUAGUGACAAACAACCUACAAGACUGUAGUUUCAAUACUAAGUCAAUUGGACUUGAUCAAAGCUGCAUCAAAGCUGUAACGACUCAGAACCUCUGAGCCCCAAAGCACAACCUCAGAGACAGGAGCAGAGUCCAA